ACCCGCCGGUACCUCGAUCGGUCGCUCAAAGCGGCAGCUCGAGCGGGAAGUGACACGCGAUACGCUAGCGGUACGGUGCGCGGAGGUACGGGCCGAGUGGCAACAAAACCGGGACGAACUGGGCCAGCACCUGGCCACGCUCGAGCGUCACGUGAGCGUGGCGCUGGCGGUGCGACAGGAGCGGCGACAGGCGGAACAGCAGCGUGACUCGUACUCGCAGCAGUUGCGCCUCGUCGAGGAGGCCGUGUGCCUUGGGUCGGCCUUCCGGAGCCAUGCGCUCGGUAGUCUCGUCGAUCGGCUCGCCCUGCGUACCGCCAUCGGCGAGGAGCGGGCGGUACUGAUGGGAAGGGUGCGGGAUAUCGUUGGCCGUCACGAGCAGCACUGCGAACCGUACCGGAAGCUGCGUGAGCUGUGUGCAACCGGUGGUGGUGCGAUGGAAGCGCUGGACCACCACCGGCCCGCCAUCACACCGACCGCCACCGAGCUCGAGUGGUCCCUGCCGAUGGUGAAGUUCAUCGACGAUAUGCUGGUGGCGGAGGCGGGCACACGGGAAGGGGCCCACGCCUACAUGCGCCUGUGCGAGGCCCGGCUCCACAUCAACAAACUGCUAGCGGAACCGUCGUGUGCCGACCUGCGCCGCACUACCCUCUACUAUGGGCUGGUGGCAAACGAGAUGGCACGGCAACACCCGCACGCACCGGAUCCGGUGCCGAUGGAGCUGCUCGAUCAGUACUGCCGCUGGUACCGGAUGUUGCUGAACGCGCAGCAGCAGCACCCAACCCAGGGCCAGGGCCAGGGCCAGGGAGCCGAUGAUAACGACAACGAGACGCACGAUCCGGUCACGUCCACCGUGAAGCUGCUCCUGUUGCAACAGUCCGCGUUGACGGCGGCACUCGAAACUGGCGGCGGCACUGACACCGGCACUGUGCCGCAACCCGUUGAUCUGCGGCUCGAAUCGAUUGAGCGUGCGUCGCUCGCCGUGGUGCAGUGUCCCACCGUACCACCGAACCCACACGCUAGCACCGUCAAGAUGGGCUACCUACUGUCCCGGCAGCUGCUCGAGCUGACGAAACGAUUCGUGACGGCCGAACGGGACUUUCUCGCGUGCCGUCCACUCACCAACGAUGAUGACGAUGACGACGAUGAUGGGGAGGAGGACGACGACGACGACGAAGGCGGUAGCGUGAUGAUGGAGCGACCAUUCACCCUUCCACUGUUGGCAAACCUUGCGCAAACCAUCCAGCAGCGCAGUGAGGCACUGCUUCACACCACCGGCACCGGCACCGGCACCGGCACCGGCACCGGCACACUGGCGACCGAUCACCAUCCGAUGGUUGAGAUGGCACAGGCGUGUACCCUUUACCAGCGGCUCCGGUUCGUCUGUCACCACAUCGAGCAGCACGUGCUGCCGAUACUGCCACCGAACCCACCCACCCACCGUACCAGCGUCGCCACUGGCCGGUCCGACAGCGACAGCCUACGGGACGAACUACGGUACGAGCAGCUGCUGGACCGAGCGUCGGCCAUUUUGCGAUCCGUGACCGGUGCCGGGGCCGAGCAGGAGCUGUACGAGUGUUUGGCCGGUGCCCAGGAGCUGCACGGCCGGUGGCACGGUCAGCUGCACGAACUGCGCCAAGCGGCCACCGGUGGCCGGGCGGGUGCAGAGCUGGAGGUGGUGCUGCAGCGGUUGGACGAGGCGUUCGUGCCACUGCUAGCGGUGCAGGAGGAGACGCUCCGGGGCUUCAACAGCCCGGCGUUGCACUGCAACGCACUGCUGCAACCGUCGCUGCGUGCGACGGAUCCCAGCCUUUCGGCGGCCAUCACGGAAAGCUUGUGGCUGUGCCAUGCGCACGCACCGCACAGAACUGCCACGUUGGCGGCAUGGGCGCAGGCGUUCUGUGCGAAGAUGUGCCAGGUAGCGCAGCUCCAGACAACGGUGCAGCUGUUGCAGGAUACGCCGGCCGAUUCCCGUGCUGCCCUGCUACUGCGUACGCUUAGCCGUCGCUUGGUACGGCUGUUGCUGGCGGGCCGUUUGCCGGUAGCGUCGUUCACGCUGUGCCUUGCCCAAGCUAAUCAGAUGGGCUCCGCAGCAGCACCGGACGAUGAAGGAUCGUUAGUAUCGCUCGGUACAACAUCGCACCCAGGCAGCACGCUGACCGAUGCCAUCUGCCAACGGGGCUAUAUGAAGAUGUUGGGCGCCGUUGAUCCCACACUCCGGCCGGUGGACCAGCUCAGCCAGCUGACGGAGUUGGCCGUGGAGUACGGCGAGGCAGCCGUUGGACGAUUGCAGCGGGACGCGGAAACGAUUACCCCCGAGUCCUGCCCGAAGCUGUUCGACGAGGCUUACCGCUGGCUGGGAACGGUUUGCCAGGGUGACAGCUCAGGCAACUUCCAGUGCCACCUCCAUUCACCCACCAUCAUCACCAUCAUCAUCAGUGCGGCGAUGGUGCAGCAGCUUGAGGGGUACGUUGCGGCGGUAGACCGCAUCUGUACGCUGCUGGCCGAACAACAGUGCGCCUUCCAGCAGUCGGUAACCAGUCUCGGGCACCACCUGAAGUGGGCAGCCAUGGCAGCGCCGAACCCCGAGCCGCUGUGCGCCCCGGACACGGUCGAGCGGUUUCGCCGGGAUAGCGAUGCGACGCUCCGCACGAUCGAACAGUACCGGCUCGGGCUGGUCCGGUUCGUGCAGUACGGCCGUGCGAUCGUGCACUACGAGCGGAUGCGUGACCGGCCACCGGGCAGCGCCGGUGCUGGUGGUAGCGUGAUGCACACGCAAGCCACCGUUUUCCAGACGCUGCUGAAACAGUACCAGAAACUGCAACCACGCCUCAUCACCGGUGCCCGGUUGCUGUCGAAGACGGAGGAGGCACUGGUGGAGCUGCUCGAUCCCGAGGGCACGAUCGAUCACACCUGGCUCAGUAACGUGCGGGUGCUGCUGGACGAUAUGCAGGAUCAACUGUUGACACGGAUUGCCGAGCUGGAGCAGGACGAGCGGGCGUCACUGGACGGUUGCCGGGGUGCGGUGCGGGCCCUGCGCACCACCCUCACCAAGCACGACGCGGUAGCGCAGGAGAUCCGCGAGCUGCUAGCGGUUCAGCUCCGUCUCGACGGGUCAACGGUGCUGCGUAACUACGUGCACAAUUACCAGCAGCUGCACGAGUCGCUGAACGAGCUCGCUCGGCUGGAGCUGGCCGGCGAUGAGUUGACACACGCCAGUGAGUUGCUGCUGCGUGACACCGUCGCACCGAAGAUCACCGACACCGUGAGGCUGCUGGCGAACGUGUUCGAGCAGCUGUUCCAGGUUGGCCAAUUGGACGGCCGUGUUCCCGGGGCAGAGGGGAGUGUGAGCGACCCGAGUGUGGCUGCCACCGACCGACGAACAAUCUCAGGAGCGGAGACGACGGAACCGAGCGGGAACCGCGACAAGAAGAACGAGCGGCCGGGGCGGGAACAGAAGCGGAACACGUUCGCCGUGUCCGUGUGGCGGCGCAUCCGCAUGAAGCUGGAAGGGCGCGAUCCGGAUCCGAAUCGACGGGCGGGCACCGCGGAGCAGGUCAGCUGGAUGAUCCAGGAGGCGAUGGAUCCGAACAAUUUGGCCGUCCUAUACGAGGGGUGGACACCGUGGGUGUAGCGGUGCACGGUGCAGCGCAGUGACAAGCAAACAACAACAAGUGAAAUAAAACAACA